UGACUCGGAUUUCGUUUUUCGACUGGAAUUUUUUGGUAAACCGGUGCAUUUUCGGGGAAAAAUCUUUCGCGGCGGUGCGUUUUGUCUAUUUUUCGACUAUAACUGGCGGUGAUCAUAGGUUCGGUAGUUUCGGGACGAUACGGAGAACACAUGUCACGGUGUAGAACGCUCGAAACCUGUGUAAAGACCGAAACGAGAAUUUCCCCUUCACUGGUGUUGGGGUGGUGACAGAAACGUAAAAAAAAAGAUCCAAAUUUAUUUCGCUGCAGAGGUGAUUCCCAUCCGAAGUGGAAGUGGGAGUGGUGACACAACGGUUGAUAAAGUUUAUCGAAGCUAAACAAGUGCACAACGGAGAAGAUACAUAAAUACUAGUUGGUUGUAGGUCUUGCCAAUGUUUUAAGGAGAGUGAAAUUUUACGUUUCUCUUUUGGUGGCCAGACGUACGCGCUUUAAUUUGUGUUAAGCGUAGUUAACUAUCGCUAUCAGUUUCUAUCUGUGCGCAGUUUAAGUGAAUUUUUUUAAGAACUUGCUGAGCACGGAUUUGAACAACCAUACAUUUCCAGAUUCACUCCUAAUCGAUAACCAGAACAAAAAGCCAGCCCCCCCUCCCCAUCUAGCAUUGACCUUUAUCCCGUUUGGAAUUCCGUAGCAGCCAUUGACUUGGUUUGUCUUCUACCCCGAUCACCGUGGACUGGAAGAUGGUAACGACGCCGUUCAUUAUAAAUGAAAUUUACGACAUCAUACAGAAGUCCACGGCUUUCGAGCUGACACUGGAAGCCCUGCUGGCACUUGGCGUCAUUUGGAUAGUGCUGUACAAAGCCAACGGGAAACGAGCAAAGCGUCUUUCGGCGGAACAGAAGGCAAAGCUAAUAGAAGAAUGGAUGCCGGAGCCGUUGGUGGGAAAGGUUCCGGAUAAUCAUCCGGCAUUGCACACCCACGUCGUAAUCGGAAAGGUCGGCAAGGUCAUCAACAUCGAUGGGAAGCAGUGCCUCAAUCUGGCCUCGCAGAACUAUUUGGGACUGCUGGAGGAUGAAAACAUCCAGGAAGCGGCUAUCAAGAGCUUGCGAAAGUAUGGUGUUGGAUCGUGUGGCCCACGUGGCUUCUAUGGGACGUUAGAUGUCCACCUGGAUCUGGAGGAACGGUUGGCAAAGUUUAUGGAAGUUGAGGAAGCUGUGGUAUACUCGUAUGCGUUUUCCACCAUUGCCAGUGCCAUUCCGGCAUACGCCAAGCGAGGGGAUAUCAUUUUUGUGGACGAAUAUGCCAACUUUUCCAUCCAGAAAGGAAUAGAUGCAUCUCGCAGUAGAACCGUUUUCUACAAGCACAACGAUAUGGCCGACUUGGAGCGGCUGCUGAAGGAGCAAGCCGUUGAAGAUAAACGAAAUCCAAAGAAGGCCGCCAGAACUAGACGUUUCCUGGUAGCUGAGGCCAUCUACAUGAAUACCGGAGAAAUCUGUCCACUGCCUCAGCUGGUAGAGCUGCGCAAACGCUACAAACUGCGCAUGUUCCUGGAUGAGAGCAUAUCGUUCGGUGUUCUGGGACUAAACGGUCGUGGAGCGAUUGAGCAUUUCAAUGUCGAUAAAAUCGAAGUCGAUCUGCGUUCAGCCGGUCUGGAGUGGGCCGCCGGAACUAUUGGUGGUUUCUGUGCUGGAUCAUCGUUCAUUGUCGAACAUCAACGCCUGUCCGGACUGGGCUACUGUUUUUCCGCUUCGCUUCCACCGCUGCUAGCCCAAGCUGCCAUCAGCGCCCUCGACAGAUUCGAGAGUGAACCAAAGAUUUUCGCCGAACUGAGAAGUUGUUGCCAGAAAGUUUCACAAAAAUUACCGUCCCUCACGGACUUUACCUUCCGAGGAGAUCCCCUGUCGCCAGUAAAACAUCUGUACCUGAAAAAUGAGUCAGAUCCAGUUGCGGAGAAACGACUCCUAGACAGGAUCUCCCAAGAGUGCAUAAACAACGGGUUGGCCAUCGUGGCGGCCGAGUAUCUGGAGGAUAUGGAGAAACGAUGCCCACGACCGAGCAUCCGGCUAGCUGUGAACCGUCUCCUCACCGAUUCCGACAUUGACGAUGCAUUCCGAAUUCUUCAGCAAUCUUCUAGGAAAGUUCUCUCCGAAUCGUAGUUCUAUCGAGUUGUUGGAGGGCAUAUAAUUUAGAACAUUCAACCAAAUGAUGAGCCAUUUUGUUGAACCUCAUUCAAGCACACACACACACAGACACCGAACACACAAAUCUUCACGAAGUAAAUAGUACUACUAUCAAUAAACUACAGACUACAUGGUAUGUACUGCUACCAUACAGUUCAAAA